CAGCGGCUGGUAAUCGGGCCUACUAAGUCGCCUACUAACCGCGUCAGCUCGAGGCAAGUCACAAAAGCACCCCGGCGGUCGCGUGAUUAGCAUGUGACAUGUCAAUGUAGGACGUGCGUGACAGAAAUUAGCUGGCGUCCAGCAUGAAGGGAUUUCUUUCCGUGGUCGCUCUCUUCUUAACUGCGUUGCCGUGCGCUUGCAGCCGCGUCGAAGGACCUCCUUUACCCAACAGACCUUUCAUUAUCGUGUGGAAUACUCCAACGGACAGGUGCAAGUCCAAUUGGAACGUCACUCUAGAUUUCAGUGCUUUCGACUUCGUAGUAAAUCCUGACCAGACAUGGCGUGGCGAGUACAUCGUCAUAUUUUACAAUAAGCAACUGGGUUUGUUUCCGUAUUUUGACAAUGAUGGAAAAGCGGUAAAUGGCGGUCUUCCUCAGCUUGUGAACUUGACAGAACACUUCACAAAGGUUGAGGAAGACAUCACAAGUGUUAUACCUGACACAGACUUCCAAGGCAUUGGUGUGAUUGACUGGGAAUACUGGAAACCAGUGUUUGACAGGAACUGGGACACACUAUCUAUUUACAGAAAAAAGUCCAUGGAUCUAGUCAGGCGGAGACAUCCUUUCUGGUCGGACAGUUUAAUUGAAGAAAUAGCUAGAUUGGAGUACGAAACUGCAGCCCAACAAUUAAUGGAAGGAACCGUGUUGCUGGUUCAGAAACUUCGUCCAAAGUCAUCAUGGGGAUUUUAUGGCUUUCCAAAUUGUUAUAACAACAAAGACACCGCGCCGUACAACUGUAGUAAACUGACAAUCCAACAAAACGACCAAAUAUCUUGGAUGUUUGAGUCGAGUUCAGCUCUGUUUCCGUCAAUUUAUCUGCAUGAUGCGAGGCACCAAAAUUCCUCGUUGUUUGUGAAGUACAGGUUACUGGAAAGUUUCAGACGUGCUAAACAGCUAGAUGGACAUAGCAUUCCUGUAUACCCCUAUGUUCGUAUAACAUAUGCAGUCUCAAAGAUAUAUCUCAAUGAAGCUGAUGUCAUGGCGACAGUAGCUCAGUCAGCAGAGCAGGGAACUGCUGGUAUUGUCAUCUGGGGAGAUCACCUCACCGAGAAAACAAAAACCGACUGCCUGGAAAUAAAGUCCUACAUUGACAAUUUCCUGGGUCCUUUGGUGAAAAAUCUCACCGCAAUUACUCAAACCUGCAGUCAAAAAUUCUGCAAUUCACACGGAAGGUGCACUUUUGAGUUGAAUCCCUCUGUUUAUGCGAAGGCCUUGAGUCAAGGAGUUGUACAGGAUCUGACUGAUCAGUGGAAAUUUGUGAGCUGUAAAUGUUACAAUGGAUGGAGCGGGGAGGACUGUAGCCAUCAAGUCUAGGAUAGAAGAAACGACAUGACUAGGAUACACAAGCCUUUCUAUAGAUUUCAAGCCCUUCUAUAGAUUUUCUUCAUAAUAUGUUUCACUUGCGCAUUUAUCUUAUGGAGCGUUUUCACAUGACGUCAUGGCAGCCAUAUUGGUGUCCCAAAACAAUGAAACGCCUGCCAUGUUGGUGUCCCAAAUCGAUCCUCUGGGAGUUCAACUCUUUUCUUAUGUAAACACUUCCUUUUGUUUCAAUAAAUGUGCACAAGUGCUGGCCACGUGAAUGACAACGCUCUGUACAUGAUCCGUGUUGAUGAAAUUUGAUAGUGUGAAGAGUCAGUUUUGGUAGUAUCAAGUGGAGAGACACAUUAGAUUAAAAUAUGAUAAUUGCUUGGUGUGCACACGACAAUCUACUAGACGGUCUAUCUACUAUCGUGUAUGUAAUAAUUAGAAAUAAACAAAGAAUUUCAGUGUUUA